UGUCGGCCGCCGCCCCCGGCUCGCUCCGAGGACUUUGGUGUCGCCUCUUGGCGGUGCGGUUGCUGAGUGGCUGCCGGGCCGGGACGUCCCCUUCAAAACACUUUUCCCGUAUCUGAUCUCUGGGACUGUCUGGCUUGGCCCUCAUUGUUCCCGUUAGGUGUUUUCCAUCCUUUAUCAUGCUGAGGGCUAAGACUCAGCUUUUUCUACUCUCCCCUCAUUACCUGAAGCAACUGAAAGGGUCAUCAAGCUCCAGAUUUAUAUGGCAGCGACUUCUACACCAACAACAACCCCUUCAUCCAGAAUGGGCUGCCCUCGCCAAAAAGCAACUGAAAGGCAAAAACCCAGAAGACCUAAUAUGGCACACGCCAGAAGGGAUCUCCGUCAAACCUUUAUAUUCCAGUAGAGACACCAAAGAAUUACCUGAAGAACUUCCAGGAGUAAAGCCAUUCACACGCGGGCCAUAUCCUACCAUGUAUACCUUCAGGCCCUGGACCAUCCGCCAGUAUGCUGGUUUUAGUACUGUGGAAGAGAGCAAUAAGUUUUAUAAGGACAAUAUUAAGGCUGGUCAGCAGGGAUUAUCAGUUGCCUUUGAUUUAGCAACACAUCGUGGCUAUGAUUCUGAUAACCCUCGAGUUCGUGGUGAUGUUGGAAUGGCUGGAGUUGCUAUCGACACUGUGGAAGAUACCAAAAUUCUCUUUGAUGGAAUUCCCUUAGAAAAAAUGUCUGUUUCAAUGACCAUGAAUGGAGCUGUUAUUCCAGUUCUUGCAACUUUUAUAGUAACUGGAGAAGAGCAAGGCGUACCUAAAGAGAAACUUACGGGUACAAUCCAGAAUGACAUACUGAAGGAGUUUAUGGUCAGAAAUACUUACAUUUUCCCUCCCGAACCGUCUAUGAAAAUCAUUGCUGACAUUUUCCAAUAUACAGCAAAGCACAUGCCCAAAUUUAAUUCAAUUUCGAUUAGUGGCUACCAUAUGCAGGAAGCAGGCGCUGAUGCUAUUCUGGAACUGGCCUAUACGAUAGCAGAUGGGUUAGAAUACUGUAGAACUGGACUCCAGGCUGGUCUCUCAAUAGAUGAAUUUGCACCAAGAUUGUCCUUUUUCUGGGGAAUUGGAAUGAACUUUUAUAUGGAAAUAGCAAAAAUGAGAGCUGGGAGAAGACUCUGGGCUCAUCUGAUAGAGAAAAUGUUUCACCCUAAGAACUCUAAAUCCCUUCUUCUGAGAGCACAUUGUCAGACAUCUGGAUGGUCACUUACUGAGCAGGAUCCUUACAAUAACAUUAUUCGUACCACAGUAGAAGCCAUGGCAGCAGUAUUUGGAGGAACCCAGUCUUUGCACACAAAUUCUUUUGAUGAAGCUUUGGGUUUGCCAACUGUGAAAAGUGCCCGAAUUGCCAGGAACACACAAAUCAUCAUUCAGGAAGAAUCUGGGAUUCCCAAAGUGGCUGAUCCGUGGGGAGGUUCAUAUAUGAUGGAAUCUCUCACAAACGAUGUUUAUGAUGCUGCCUUGAAGCUCAUUAAUGAAAUUGAAGAGAUGGGUGGAAUGGCCAAAGCUGUAGCUGAAGGCAUACCUAAACUUCGAAUUGAAGAAUGUGCUGCCCGAAGACAGGCUAGGAUAGAUUCUGGUUCUGAAGUAAUUGUUGGAGUAAAUAAGUACCAGUUGGAUAAAGAAGAAUCUGUGGAUGUUCUGGCAAUUGAUAAUACUUCAGUACGUAAUAAGCAGAUUGAAAAACUUAAAAAGGUCAAAUCCAACAGGGACCAAGCUUUGGCAGAACAGUGCCUUGCUGCCCUGACUGAAUGUGCUGCCAGUGGAGAUGGGAAUAUUCUGGCUCUUGCAGUGGAUGCAGCACGUGCAAGAUGUACAGUUGGAGAAAUCACAGAUGCUAUGAAAAAGGUAUUUGGUGAGCAUAAAGCUAAUGAUCGUAUGGUGAGUGGAGCCUACCGCCAAGAAUUUGGAGAAAGCAAAGAGAUAGCAUUUGCUAUCAACAGGGUUCAGAAAUUCAUGGAACGCGAAGGUCGCAGACCUCGUCUUCUUGUGGCAAAAAUGGGACAAGAUGGACAUGACAGAGGAGCAAAAGUUAUUGCUACUGGAUUUGCUGAUCUUGGUUUUGAUGUGGACAUUGGUCCUCUUUUUCAGACUCCCCGUGAAGUUGCCCAGCAAGCUGUGGAUGCAGAUGUACACGCGGUGGGUGUAAGCACAUUAGCGGCUGGUCAUAAGACGCUGGUCCCCGAGCUCAUCAAGGAGCUCAGCUCCCUCGGACGGCCAGAUAUUCUUGUCAUGUGUGGAGGAGUAAUACCGCCUCAGGAUUAUGAAUUUCUGUUUGAAGUUGGUGUUUCCAAUGUAUUUGGUCCUGGGACUCGAAUUCCAAAGGCUGCCGUUCAAGUGCUUGAUGACAUAGAGAAGUGUUUGGAAAGGAAGCAGCAGUCUUUGUAACAUCCUGGUUUUAUUUGAUGUUUCACAGUUAGAUAUAAGAAAAGGGUAAAGCCAAGCCAUAUCAUCAGUUUAAUUCAGCACCUGCUAAGUACUUCCCUGGAAGUUUUACAUUGCGUUAAAAUAUCUUACAUUGAAGAAUGUUGUUAUAUAUAUUUUUUUUCUUAAAAAUUAUCACUAAAUUUUGAAAGUAUUCACAUUUAAUACUUCACCAGAAACUGUAAACAACAGUAUUUUUUAAAAAUAGUGAUAUUUAUUAAAAUAUUUGUUUAAAAUCCUUUCUAUUACUAACAUUUUUAAAUUAAACUUUUCCUAAAAGUUGACCAGUUCUAUUCAGUUUAGCUGUUAUUGACUGAUGCCAAAAAAUAAAAUACAAAUGUGAGUAAAAUAAUUGUCUGUUUUUGAAAAAACAUUGGAGAAUAAAAUACAAAUGUGAGUAAAAUGAUUGUUUUUGAAAAAACUUUGGAGAAUAUUUCUUUUCAUAGGAAAGUAUAUGUGAUUCUGUUCCCUAGUAAACUCUCUAAGAAUUACUUCCAUGAAAGUGUUAUGUUUUCAGUAAGACCCACAAGUGAAAAAUAGAAAAGGACAGGUUAUCUCUUCAGAUCUGACUUGACUCUUUGAAAUGAACAUGGCUACAGAUGUUAAACAUCAUUGCUAAACUUGAUCCAGGAGAGUGAAUAUUAUGAACAUUCUCUAAGAUGAAAGUUGUUAAUAUGACUUUCUCGAGAAUUCUACAAUUAGAGAGGAUAGAAGAAUAUUAUAUAGCAAGAGUUGAGCUUUGCAGAACCAGAAAGAUGCUUCUAUUCAUAGAUUAAAAUUAGUGUAAGACAUUUCUGCUUUGCUCAUAAAAUUAUUUGUUCAUUAAGGAAGGAAAAUUUUAUUUUUAACAUCCACUAGAUAAAAUAAAUGACUUAAAUAAGGGAUUCUCUUAUAGUGACUUUCUUUUGUUAGGUCAGAAAUUCUAUAGCUGACCUAUAUAUAUAUAUAUAUUGCUAUAGAAUAUAUAUUGCUAUAGAAUUUAUAAACAUUACUAUAAUUAAUGUUAAUUAUUAGAUCGUGACUAAAAGGUCUUAGGUAAUGAUUAUUUUUAUUUUUUCAGAUAUAUAAUCUGAUUUCCAAGUCCAAUGGUAUAUUUACUGUAUUAUUUCCUGUACCUUAUAAUGAAAAAUCAAUAUUAUUUGGUCUCUGUGAUAUUUUCAGCAUACUGAGUUAUAUAAGUGUAAUAAAAUCAUCUUUGAGGAAUUGAUAAUUUUUGACAUUCAGUGUCUUGAAUAAGCAAUUUUUGGGGAAAAAAAAUCUGUCUGCUCCCUGAGUCUAUAGAAUUGUCUUCAUUAGCCUCACUGUUUGAAAACUUGUUUGCUCAAAUUCCUUCCAGUGAUAUGACCCCUGGAAAUUAAAUAAAAAUCAAG